CAUUUUGUGUUCUUUGUUUUGCAGUGUUUUUCUGCUGGCGAAUUGUUUCACGUUUUCGGUUUGCUGCCGGGGACGAACUUUGUGGAUGAGGAUGCGUUCAUGCAAUUGUGCCCUGCGUUGAUCUAUGAACUGGAAGCGAAGACGUGUGACGAUGACUCGAGGGAUAAAUCUUCAUCGGAGCAGGGAGCAGAGAAUAAGAAGAGUGUUAACUCAGCUUUGACGUAUUGGGAGAUUUGGUCCUACGCGACGGGAAGCGUAGUGUUGAUCAGUUUGUGCGGAUUGACGGGGGUCGGGGUGGUUCCUAUGAUGAAGCACUGCUUUUAUGGGCCCCUGCUGCAGUUCCUGAUUGCCAUGGCCAUUGGGGCUCUCAUGGGAGACGCUUGCUUGCAUCUUUUGCCUCAGGCGUUGUCGACUGCCAAUACACACGCGAAAAGCACAUCAGCGGGGAUGAGACAUGAUGGAAAGCAUGAAGGUGAGCAUUCUCAUGACAAGGACCAGCUUUGGUGUAUUCUCGGAAUGUUGGCGGUGAUGCUUGGAUUUUUCAUCGUGGAAAACACUUUGCCGUCAUUUUUGGCGUGGCGUGAAAAGCACGUCGCUGCUAAGAAUCAGAAAAAGAACCAGGGGAGUGAGAGCAACAACAAGAUGGAGAUGCACAGGAAGCGGUGUGACCUGAAGAGUCACGGACUCGCCAGUGACCAGUAUCGCUAUGACAACCAAAUGGUGUCCCACUAUAUGGGUGAAAAACUUUGUAAGCCCGCCAUUCAUGUUUUCCAACCAGACCCUCUAGUUGCCGGAGAAAAGAACCUUGGAACUGAGACAGUUUUGGUUAGCAAGUGUGGAGAUCAAAGAGACAACCAUGACAGUAUUUUGCGAGCCAAGAAGGCGGAGCAAGUGUUGAUGGACCAGUUAGGCAGAGAAGAAGGACAGUGUGAAGUGGUAGCCUGUGACAACAUUCCGUGUUCGGACCAGUCUUGCAACAAGGACUCUUGCGUGAUUGUGACAGAAGGGGCUUGUGGAGGUGAGAUGCCUGACCAGUGUCACAGCCACGCAUCGACGAGCAACAACAAUGACGGGCUCAUGCCUUGCUUCCUCGCUGUAAAUCACAAGGAUGGAAAGCAUCAGUGUGCUGAGGGUAUAGAGUUGAGUGGAUGUGAGAAAAGAGUCAUUACCUCAGAGCAAGAUCGUGAUUGGAUAAAAGUGGAGCCUAAAUUAAUUGCUUGGCAUGACCCCCAACAGUUGCAGAAUUGCAGCAGCUCUCGGCGGUGUUCGGGGAAAUGGUCAGUGACGGAUGGGGCCAGCACGGGUGCCCAUGGGGACAACAAGCGAUCG